AGCAGCUGUUCUGUUAAGUAUCAACAGCGAUACAAAACAAAACAAUGCACGAAAUAGAAGCACAUAAAGCGCGUAUUACUCGGAUCGAGGAAUUUAUUAAUGAUGUGCUUAAAGAAGAUCUCAAACGUCUUGAGCAGUGUCUCAAUCAGUUUAACGAGGAGAUCAUGGAGUAUGUUCAGCUAAAGAACACGUUGCAAACAUUUGGCGAGCACAUGCCGGACGGCUACAAAACACAGGUUAACAUUGGCAGCAACAUUUUUAUGCAGGCGCGCGUUAAACAAAUGGACAAAAUACUGGUCAAUGUGGGCAAGGAACUGUUUUUGGAGAUGAGCAUGCCGGAAGCGAUAAGCUUCAGUGAUGUACGCGUCAAAAUUUUAACCAAACAGGCGGACGUAGUGCGAGAGGAGAGUGUGAAGAAGCGCUCACAAAUCAAGAUGGCGCUGAUAGCAAUUAGUGAGCGAGAAAAGCUGCUGCAGCAACAGGAUGAAAGAUAGCGAGGGAUAUGCUUUGGGCGGGUAGUGUUACAAAACGCUGUGUUUAUGCACGUUUACAUCGAUAUCGAUAUACAAGUUAAUCUUUUAAAUGUGAAUUUAUCGACAGUUAUAAACUCGAUUAAGCGCAAAUAGUCAAAUGCAAUUCGCA